AUGCAUAAUGAACUUCCAAGGCAACUUCAGUCUUUGACAGAAAGGAUUGCCGAUCUUGAGAGACGAUUGGUCUCAGCACAGGGAGGAAACAACGGCGGCACAGUCACAAGGAAUAAUCACGACUCCAACACUACUAACAGCCAUCACUCUAAUUUCUCCAGUCCCUCGUCAUCUCAACUUCGGACAAAUUUGCAGCUUCCUACAGAGCCUGGAUCAUCCCAGCAACACCAACAGCAUUACCCAUCUCCUCCACUAAUUUCCUCCCCGGGUGCCGCAAUGACCGAUGGGCCGCUAAAGACACUGAACAAUUUCCCCAUGGACGAUCCUGUAGAGACUGAAGUACACGACCCUAUAUCGCGGCCAGUACUGACUCAAGGAGAAGCUUAUGUUAUGCUGAAGCUGUUCUUUACCCAUGGCCACCCAAAUGCGCCUUUCCUGGAUGUGGAACUGGAUUCCGACCCGGAUCGUGUUAGAUCGAGUAGCACUUUACUCUUUCUUGCUAUUCUUUCUAUUGGCGCUCGAUUCUGGGGUGCUUCGUCACAGUCGUCAUGCUGGCUUCAUCCUCGGUACACCGAAAUAGUUCGCUUACUCGACGCUGAGAUGAUGCGCGUGACUCUACGUCCAAGGCAAGAAGAUCAUAAGCUUGAGACUGUUCAAGCCCUCAUGCUGUGCGCACACUGGAUGCCUAUGGAUGUUUCCGCUGACAAGAAACGAUAUCAAUCUCGGUUCUCAGAAGCGGGCGCUUGGCAUUGCCUUGGCUUAGCUAUCCGAUGGGCAACAUCUCUUGCAUUAGACAGAAACUGCCACGUGAGUUUUCAGUGUCCGGAAACAGUGACGAGAAUGGACGCGCGCAAAUAUCGAACCAUGCUGUAUCUCAUGGAGAGUGAUCAUUACCUUGCUCUGUCGGCUCGACGUCCCUCCCAUCUCAACCCCGAAUCCAUGAACGGUGCCAUCGCAAGUUUUCUUCACUGUCGAUUCGUGCAAUCCACCGAUAUGCGCCUUGCAUCUCUAUUUCAAGUUGCAUACGGCGCUCACUUUACCAAUUGUCGGCCGACAACGAUUGAAAGCGUUGAGGCAUUUGACAGAGACGUCCAAAUAGUCGAGAAACAAUUCACGUCUAAUCAGAGCAACCAGUCAACGGAUACCAUGAGUCAGCACUUCCCAUUCACCUCGCUCCGGUGGUACCGACUAUCUUAUACCUGCGCCUUCCUCGACAACAUCGACCAGGGUCAAAGGAAGGGCAAAGCACUCAUGUGGGCGAUUGAUUGGGCUAGCCAGAUUCUGAUUCACCUGUCGAUGCCGCCCUCUUCCGAGACCAUAGAUUCAUUCAUCAGCCUUGCGCGAUUAGAACCUGAUUCGGGCAUCGUCAACCUCAUGUCCUUUGCCAUCGACCACUACUACGUCGUAAUAUCAUAUGCUUCCUUCUUUCUUGUCAACAGCUGGCUAAGGAACUUUGUCGACUUAAAUCUUCAAUCAAAUUCUCAGCAUUCAGAAAAUCCAUUAGUUCAAGAGCGAUCGAGCUCGUUGCUCUAUCGUCUGGUUGAUCUUGCUGCUCGCACCCUGGAGGCAUCCAGUCCGCCAGAGGGGCAUCUCGCUCGCCGAUAUGUUCCGCUGCUGCGCGGCAUGGCAGAUCUAAUUUUGACCGACAGCACUCAGGCACAAGGGAUUAAUUCUGAUUCAAGUGCAAUGACGGCAGACGUCGACAUGUCAGAGCAGUUACAAAACACUAUCGGAGAAGAUUUGUGGGAACUAUGGCAGCAGGCGGGCUUGGAACCCAUCAAUUGGCAAUUGCCGGACUUUGCUCCUUAA